CAGUUUCUAUUACGGCUGUGUAAAUUCGUGACUCUCGCAAAUUUAUUCUCGAUUAAAAUAUGUUUUUAUUGCUCUUAAUUGCCGUUUGUACACUUAUAGUUUUCUAUAUAAAAUGGAAUUACACAUAUUGGCAACGCAAAGGCUUUCCUUAUCAUGAGCCCAAAAUCCCAUUUGGUGUAUUAGAUGGAGUACGUAAGCGUGAAGUUUCAUUGGGCACUGCCGUCUACGAUGUUUAUCGCACCACCAAACACAAAGUGGUUGGCAUCUAUCUAAUGACGCGACCCGCUUUGUUGGUACGCGAUGCUCAAUUGGCAAGGGAUAUAUUGGCGAAGGAUUUCGAAAGCUUUCACGAUCGUGGCAUACAUGUAGACGAUGAAAAGGAUCCUCAAUCGAGUGGUGGUCUCUUCUUUUUAAAGGGACAGGAUUGGAAAAACCUGCGAGUCAAGUUGACUCCUUCAUUCACGUCUGGUAAAUUGAAGGCGAUGUUUGGUACGGUGGAGGAUGUCAGCGAUAGAAUGGUAGAUUAUUUGAAUGCACAAUUGCCAGACGAGGGUGCAAAAGAUUUAGAAAUAAAAGAAGUAAUGAACACCUACGCUAUAGAUAUCAUUGCAUCAGCGAUGUUUGGAUUGGAAGUAAAUAGCUUCGUAAAGCCAAAUAAUGGAAUACUAAACGUCAGCAGCAAAAUCAACGAGCCUACGUUUGGAAGUGUGGUGCGCGGGACUUGCCAGUUUUUAUAUCCCAGCUUAGAGAAACUGUUCAUCCGUUUGGGUUGGCGAGAGGAAGCUUACGACAUGAUGAGGGAAAUCGUAAAACGAACUGUACAAAUGCGUGAGGAGCAAAAUAUUACACGAAAAGAUAUGCUUCAAUUGUUAAUGCAAUUGCGCAACAAAGGUCAAAUAAGCCCUGAUGACAAUGACUGGUCAGCAAUUCAAGCAGAUGCAUCAAAGCAUAUGUCCAUCGAUACUAUCGCCACGAAUCUAUUUCUAUUCUAUGUGGCUGGUUAUGAAACGACUGCCUCCAGCGUCUCUUUUACCGCCUUUGAGUUGGCACAAUAUCCAGAGGCGUUGGAAAAGGCCCAGCGCGAUGUUGAAGAAGCACUACAAAAACAUGAUAAUAAGUUUACAUAUGAAGCGAUUCAGGAUAUGAAAUACUUAGAUCUCUGUGUAAUGGAAACAAUUCGCAAAUAUCCCGGCUUGCCAAUCCUUAAUCGUCAAUGCACUCACGACUAUCCCCUACCGGAUAGUAAUUUAGUGAUAAAAAGUGGUACACCUAUAAUUAUUUCGCUAUUGGGUUUACAUCGUGAUGAAAAAUAUUUCCCUGAUCCUAUGCGUUGGGAUCCGGAGCGAUUUAUUGAUAAGAAUUAUGAUCCUGUGGCCUAUAUGCCAUUCGGCGAAGGUCCCAGACAUUGCAUUGCACAACGUAUGGGCAAAGUAAACGCAAAAGUUGCCUUAGCAAAAUUACUGCUGAAUUUCAAUAUCGAAUUAGAUCCAGUUCGAAAAGAAAUCGAAAUUGCCAACUUUGGUAUACCAAUUGUGGCCAAAGGUGGCAUACAUGUGCGAUUGUCAACGAAAAAAUCAACACAGCGCGCUUAAGUUAUAUUUUCUGACGAUUUAUUCCUUAAAAUAAAGUAAUAAAUAUAUUUGUGAUAUAUUUACUAUAUUAAGUUACAAAAGCAAAAGAAAAUAACAAGAUUCUUCACUUCAUUGAUUACGUAACGGUAAGUAAUUGCAUCAUCAUGCAAAUAUGGCAACCAGAAAGUCUGCGUAUAGUUCCAAAACGAACAGCCGAGAUCGUCAAGCUUUGCAGAAUGUUCCAAAAUACCCUAACAGUCGCCCGAUCUCAAUCCUAUUGAACAUCUGUGCGAUCUAUUAGAAAAACGAAUCUAAGCAUGUAAUAACAAGUAAAGAGAGUUUGCGAAAUGUUAUGCGAAGAUAACAACUGAGGAAGCAGAGAAGUUAGUAAACUUAAUGCCAAAUAGAUUGAGUGAAGUCCUAGAAAAUCGUGACUAUCCAACAAAAUAUUAAUUUUCGUUUUUGUAUAUUAAUUAUAAAGUUUUUCCAAUAUGUUUUAAAACUGUUAUGUUGUUGCAGCAUAAACAUUCUCUAUACAUAUCCAUACAGGGAAUGCUGCUGAAGUGACAGUCCUUGGCCGGAUAUGAAUCCGGGUCGUUCCGAUUACGUAGAACCGACUGUCGUGGGAACGACAUGUUGAUUUACAUGUUGCUGCAAUUGCUUACCGUUAUGUAAACAAUAAACUGAGGUACAGUGCACUCGCGAUAACUCGAACUAAUUCAAACAGGCGCUGUUCGAUUUAUCGAAUUUGUUCGACUUAUCAAUUGAGUGUGCUAUGUUAAAAAAACAGUCAUCGAUAUCGAUUUUUCGAUCGAUUGUUGAAAAUGGAAGCCAGUAGAAAAUUUCUGUAGUAUAGUUUCGUUAUACGAAUUACAUUUUGGUCCAUUGGCUGGAUCAAUGGUGUCGCAUUCGGCGGCAUAAACAUAGUUAAAAUUAAACCAUCCUCGGACUUUAAUUCGAUUUCGUUGGGAUGUGAUUGGGCAUUAUCAAUUAGAAGAAGAGCCUUCUCAGGUAGUCCCCCAUCUUUCAAAUAUUUUCUUACCUAAAUAUUAAAGUCAUUUAACUUGGUUAAAAAAAUUGUUUUAAUGAAUCUGGAUUUUACCUGCGGCACGAACGAAUUAUGAAACCAGUCUUUGAAAAUCGCCGAAGUCAUCCAGGCUGAUUUGGAAUUUUUGUACUCCACCGGACAGUUAAAAUUUUUGAAAACACGAGGAUUUCUUACUUUGUCAAUAACGAGAAGUUUAAGCUUAUGGUUGCCGGUAGCGUUAGUGCAAGCCAUAAAUUGCCUUAUCUUUCUUUUUUAUAAGACUUAUGGUGGACUUGGCUACCCCAUAUUCCUUCGCUAGAGAAGUAACACUACGUCCACGUUUAAUUUUGUUAAGGACUUCAGCCCUCUCUUUUAAUGUUAAACACUUCAACCUUUUACGAUCCAUUACUCACGUGCACUGAUACACCACAAAUGACAAAUUUA